ACGAUAUAGACUGCGCGAUUCUUGGUUCGAUCGCGGAAAUGAGAAUCCCCCCGACCAUUCUCUGCAGAACCUAUUAGGCCCCUGGGCACGGUCUCCAAUAAGUUUUGCAGGUAUUCAAGUCUUGCGAUUUCGUCUGCCUAGCUCGGUCAUCAUCAACGUAUGUUGUCUUCCUCUCUUGGCAUGAUUAAGCGUUGUUGACGCAGACUAAAUUUUGUGGUAGAAGUCUCCAAGCUUCAGUGCACCUCCCUCCAAGAAAUUCAGACGCCACGCACCACACCGCACGAUAGCUAUGUCCCCUAUAUUGCUUUCGCUUAUCUGCUUGGCAGCAGUCGUGCAAUCCCAGCAACCUCUUUAUUCGUCCUUCUUCGGUCGCUCAGGUGUCAAUGCCGAAUACGACUACGUCAUCGUUGGCGGCGGCACGGCUGGCCUUACCUUAGCGACGCGUUUGAGCGAGGCCAACGCCAGCGUGGCUGUAGUCGAGGCUGGAGGUUUCUAUGAGACGGACAAUGGUAAUCUCAGUGUCGUACCCGGCUACGCUGCGUUCUACACUGGGAGCGACCUCGACAACUUCCAGCCAUUGAUCGACUGGGGCAUAUCGACAACAGUCCAGCAGAAGCCGAUUGCACGGGCACUACAUUAUGCCCGUGGAAAGACAUUUGGGGGUUCCAGCGCCAGGAAUUUUUUCGUGUAUCAGAGGCCCACGGUACAGGCCAUGCAGAAAUGGGCCGACGAGGUUGGCGAUGACAGCUUCACCUGGGAUAAGAUGCUUCCGUAUUUCAAGAAAUCCAUCAACUACACGGCGUCCGUCUAUGGCACUUACACUAAUUCAUCCAUCACUCAAGACCCAGACGCAUUCGAGCCAGGGAAUGGUCCUCUACAGGUCUCAUUCAGUAACGCCGUGGACCCCCUUGGGACAUGGGUACAGCGAGCAUUCAUUGAAGCUGGCAUGCCCCAGACCGCUGGAUUCAGCAGUGGUCAGUUGCUGGGAUCAGCAUAUGGCCCCUUGACCAUCGAUCCAACUACUGGCGAACGAUCGUCGUCUGAGUCGGCUUUCUUGCAACACGCUCUCAAGCAAGGACGGGCGCCGGUACUGUACAAGAACACGCUCGCCACCCGCAUUCUCUUUGGGACCGGCAACUCAACUACGCCGCAAGCCACAGGUAUCCAGGCCUUGACCGCUGGUACAUUCGGCACUGGAUCCGUCAAUUUCACACUUUCAGCCAGAAAAGAAGUGAUCUUGUCCGCGGGAGCGUUCCAAUCGCCUCAGCUACUAAUGGUCUCAGGUAUCGGCAACUGCUCCGAGUUGGCCGCUUUCAACAUCGCUUGCACUCGCAAUCUGGUAGGCGUAGGCAACAACAUGUGGGACCAUCCAAUAUUCGGCUCGGCUCACCGAGUCCAAGUGAAUACGGCCUCAGCCUCGGCCAACAACCCUGUUCUUGCAGCCGAGCUAGUGAAGCUGUACCUUGAAACCCAAAGUGGGCCACUCUCCAUUUUUGGCCCUGGCUACUACGGAUGGGAGAAGCUUCCCGAACCUUACAGGUCCUUGCUGAGCAACAGUUCACGUACGGCCCUUGAUGCAGCAUUCCCCUCUGACUGGCCUGAAAUCGAAUGGCUUCCCCAGGCCGCCUACAGUGGUGAUAACUCGAACAAACAAACCCAGGACCCCAAAGACGGCCACAACUAUGCCAGCCUCACCACCAGCCUCGUAGCUCCCCUCUCCCGCGGAACCGUCAAGCUCGCCAGCAGCUCCAUGACGACCCUUCCCCUCGUCGACCCAGCCUGGCUCACGCACCCGGCGGACCUCGAUCUAGCUGUGCAGUCCUUCAAGCGGCAGCGCCAGAUCUGGGACACGCUGGCCGCGAUGGGCGUUGCGGACUCCGACGAGGCCUAUCCGGGCUUUGCUAAUGUGCAGACGGAUGACGAGAUAAAGGCGUGGAUAGGUAAGAGCAUGACGACGGUGUACCAUGCCAGUGGUACGUGUAAGAUGGGGAAUGGGAAAGACGAGAGCGCUGUGGUGGAUAGUAAGGGCCGCGUGUUUGGGGUGGCGGGGUUGAGGGUUGUGGAUGCGAGUGCGUUCCCAUUUUUGACGCCUGGACACCCGCAGAGUGUUGUCUAUGCUUUGGCUGAGAAGGUGGCCGAGGGGAUUCUAAAUGAGACGAGUUAGGUGGCAAUCAACUGAAAGCUAAGUUUCUGAACGAUGUAGCUAAAGACCGGCGCAAGUCUGUAAAAGGGAGGGGUGCCUUCCACUUUGGUAUAAGAUAAUGAGAUUCCCAUCUUGAAACAACUUAUAGGCCUAAUCCUGGAUUUCAC